CAGGUGCGUCUCACCUGAGCUCGGCAGUUCUUCCGCUAUAGCACAGGAGCAGCAGCAUCCUUCUCCUCCUCCCGAAGAUGAAGGAGCUGAGGUGCAUCGGCAGCUGUUUGCCGUUAUUCGUCAUGGCGAUCGUCUUCGACAUCAUCGGUGUGAUCCUGCUCUUCGUCGGUAUAUUCGGUGACGUGCGGCGGAAUGGCGUGUUUUACGGGGAUUUUCUUAUUCACACCGGCGCGCUGCUCUUGUUCGCCAGUCUGGCCUGGUGGCUCAUGUGGUACGUGGGGAACAUCAGGGUGGAGGAUGAAAGUUUGGAACGCAAAUCGAGCUCCGCGCUCAGCGUCAAAGAGAUCGCGAGGAAACUCACGGAGAGACUCUCCAAACAACACCUGAAGGACAACACCGGUGAGAAAACACUAAGCAAAUCUUCCACCAUUCGAAAUGUAACAUGGGGCAAAUCCACCUAUUUCCCAGGACACAAGGAUUUUGAGUCGGAUAUGAUCAAAUGUGACGAACUUUCCAAAGAAAAGCCAGAUGAUGAUCAGUUCAUGUGCUACCAGAAUCAAGGGUACGAGGACGAGGAGUCAGGCAUAAUCAAAGGACACAAAGCAAUCGCAGAGGGUUCUGAAUCAGAUGCAUCUCAGGACGAAAAGCCAAAAGAUAUCCAGUUCACCUUUUACCAGAAUGAAGGGUAUGAGAAUUCAGAAUCAGAUGUGACCAAAGGUGGUGGAAAACCAGAUGAUCAGACAGAGUCACAGAGCAUUGACGAUCUGCUGUGAAAAGAGGUCCUGAAACAAUGACUGAAUAGCCGAGAACCUUCAACUAUUUGCAAAACAUUUUCCAUCCGCAGUACGUUUAGAGAUACUGCGUACAUUUCAAACGGGGUCUGAAGUAUAGUAAAACUGAUAUAUAUAUACUAAAACACAACUGUCUGUUAUGGAGUGGUCAGUUGAUAUGAGUUUUUCAGCAAUCUGGAAAGCAGUGUAGCUUAUAUAAUGUAAUUUAGUGGUGUUACUAAACUGGUGAAAUAAGUGAACUCUUACUUUGCACUAUAUUUAAUCAAUUUUAUAAGGCAUUGGCAAAGCUGUUGACAAAUGACCUCCAGGAGGUGGAGGUAACACCAGCCAAAUGUUCAGAAUGGCCAAAUAUGGCUCAAUAUACUGUAUCAGUCGCUAUUUCAGUGUGUGUCAUUGUGUCCUUUUGUGUUGUGUUUCUGUUAUUCUGUGUUGUUUUAAAGUGAUACUCAGGUACAGCCCUUGUUUUUGCACAUCCUCAUUUGUAAAUUCAUGCAUCGCCUCAUGCAUUGUAGGAAUCCAUUUCCCUUUCAAAGCGGCAGCUGGGCGUUCAUGCAAACUGCUCCACAGAGUCGAGCGUAAGACUCUUGUUGGCCAAUCUAAACUCCACCAAACCAGUCCGACAGCAAAUACUGAUCCAGCCUGAAACUGCAAUACUUUAGUUUUAGUGGAAAGAGAAUCAAAUGUGCAUGUUAUUUUAUUGUGGCAUAAAAAUAUAUGAAGGAUUAUAUUUUCAGAUCAUGACAUUUCUAGAGGUGUAACAUAAGUAUAUUUUAAUAUGGAGUAUAUUUUCAGUAGUAAGGCAGUAGUACAUGAUGAAUUGUGUGGUGUACUGUAUGGAAAUUUAAAACGAGUAAUCUUGACAUGCCAAACAAAUCCUGAAUGUGAACACUCCUGUAUAUUUCACUGUAUAUUGUACCAGUGCAAUAAGAAGUUAAAUCUGUCUUCAGCUCAAGAUUGUAUAAACAAUCCACACUAUCAAAUUAAACCACAUUUCAUCCUUAA